CGGGGUUUCUCCUCCAGAGAACCCGGUGGGGGAUGGCGAGGCCGCUCGCGCCGCCGCCGCUCGGCCCCCGCGGCCCCGGGGAGGGCUGGAAGGGCGCGCAGCAGCACGCGCAAGCCUGGACCCUCGGGGGAGGUUCCCUCCGGGGCAGGGACGUCGGGGUGUCCGGCUUCCGUCGUCGCACCCCUCGGCCCGGACCGGACGGUGCCCGCCCCCGUGCGCGCCUGGAGGCACCGGCGCCCCCGACUCGCCGCCCGGCCGCGCCCCGCGGAAGCGUCCGUUACGCGUCGGCGGUGGGCGCGCCCCCAUCGCCGCCUUCUUGAGGACCCUCGCGAAGGCCCGACGGGCGCACGCCGCGCCGCCAGCUGGGCCCCACCCCCGGACCCGGGACCCGGGACCCGGGACCCCUGCCCGGCGGCCCCAGGAUGGCCCUGAGCGACGAGCCGGCCGCGGGCGCCCGGGAGGAGGAGGCGACGGCGGCGGAGGGCGGCGACCCCGACCCCGACGCUCUCGCCGGCGGCCGCGCCUUCGAGUCGUUCGGCGAGAGCUCGGAGACGCGCGCGCUGCUCGGCCACCUGCGGGCGGCGCACGGCGACCCGGUGGCCAGGGAGGUGGCCCUGGAGCGGUUCAGAGUGAUAAUGGACAAGUACCAGGAACAGCCUCACCUGUUGGACCCACACCUGGAGUGGAUGCUGACCAUGCUGCUGGACAUGGUGCAGGACAAGACAUCUCCACCAGCCCUCGCACAUCUGGCUUUUAAAUUUCUUUACAUCAUCACCAAGGUUCGAGGAUAUAAAACAUUUCUUCGUUUAUUUCCUCAUGAAGUUGCUGAUGUACAGCCUGUUUUAGAAAUGUUUGCAGAUCAGAAUCCUAAGGACCAUGAAACUUGGGAAACCCGCUACAUGCUUUUACUGUGGCUCUCCAUGACCUGUCUGAUUCCUUUCGACUUUUCACGCCUUGACGGGAACCUCGCCACUGAGCCUGGGCAAGCACGCGUGCCGGUGAUGGACCGCAUUCUCCAAAUAGCAGAGUCCUACUUGGUCGUCAGUGACAAGGCCCGAGAUGCAGCUGCUGUCCUCGUGUCCAAGUUGAUUACACGUCCAGAUGUCAAGGAGAAGAAGCUGGCGGGCUUCCUGGACCGGGUCCUUGGGGCCCUGGCCUGCUCCUCCCUGCAGACCCUGGAGGGUGUCGUGGUGAUGGACGGCAUGCUGCAGGCCCUGGCACAAAUAUUUAAACAUGGAAAACGUGAAGACUGUUUACCUUAUGCUGCCAGGGUUCUCGAGUGCCUCGAUAACUGCAGACUCUCUGAGAGUAACCAGACCCUCCUCCGGAAGCUCGGGGUGAAACUUGUCCAGCGGCUGGGCCUGACUUUCCUGAAACCAAAGGUGGCCAAGUGGAGGUAUCAGCGUGGCUGCCGGUCUUUGGCUGCUAAUCUCUCGCUUCCCACCCAAGGUCAGCAUGAGGAGACGCCCCACACUGCCACUCCGGACAGCGAUGAGGACUAUGACGUCCCGGAGGAGGUGGAGCGUGUCAUCGAGCAGCUGCUGGUCGGAUUGAAAGACCGGGACACCAUUGUGCGAUGGUCAGCGGCCAAAGGGAUCGGGCGGAUGGCUGGACGGCUGCCCAAGGAGCUGGCGGACGAUGUGGUUGGCUCAGUGUUGGACUGUUUCAGUUUCCAGGAGACAAAUGACGCUUGGCAUGGCGGGUGCCUGGCUCUGGCAGAGCUGGGCAGAAGAGGCCUGCUGCUCCCUUCUCGGCUCACGGAUGUUGUCGCUGUGAUCCUGAAGGCGCUGACGUACGAUGAGAAGCGGGGUGCCUGCAGUGUCGGUGCCAACGUCAGGGACGCUGCCUGCUAUGUGUGCUGGGCCUUCGCACGCGCCUACGCCCCGCAGGAGCUGCGGCCCUUUGUGAGCGAGAUCGCGAGCGCACUGGUCAUCGCCACGGUGUUUGACCGAGACGUGAACUGCAGAAGAGCAGCCUCGGCUGCUUUCCAGGAGAAUGUGGGAAGACAGGGCACUUUCCCUCACGGAAUCGAUAUUUUGACCACAGCUGACUAUUUUGCUGUUGGAAACAGAUCUAACUGCUUCCUGGUUAUAAGCGUGUUUAUUGCCAGCUUUCCUGAGUACACCCGGCCGAUGAUAGAGCAUCUGGUUACCCUGAAGAUCAGCCACUGGGACGGGGUCAUCCGGGAGCUGUCAGCGAAGGCACUGCACAACCUGGCCUGGCGGGCUCCCGAGUACAGCGCCUCUCACGUUCUCCCAAGACUGUUGUCCUUGACGCUGAGUCCGGACGUACACACCCGUCACGGGGCGAUUCUCGCCUGCGCGGAGGUCACCUACGCCUUGUACCAGCUUGCAGCUGAGGAGGGCAGGCCCCUCACGGACCACCUGGAUGGGCAGGCCCUGGACGGACUGAAGCAGAUUCACUCCCAGCUUUAUGAUCGUCAGUUAUACAGGGGUCUGGGAGGAGAACUCAUGAGACAAGCAGUGUGCGUUUUAAUAGAAAAGCUGUCACUUUCCAAAAUGCCUUUUAAAGGUGACGCCGUAAUCGAUGGCUGGCACUGGCUGAUAAGUGACACUUUUAGAAGUCUCCGUCUUAUUUCAAGUCGCUCCAGACAACAGAUCAAGGGAGCGGCUGUCUCGGCCCUGACCGCGCUGUGCCAAGAGUACUGCCUGCCGGAGCCCGGGGACACGCGUCCUGCCGGACAGGGUGACCUGGUGCAGCAGUAUCUCGCCGAGCUUCAGAGCCCCGAGGAGAUGACUCGCUGUGGCUUCUCGCUGGGCCUGGGGGCCCUCCCGGGGCCCCUUCUGAGAGGCAGGCUACAGCAGGUUCUAGCAGGCCUAGGAGCAGUCACCCGCAUUUCUCCCAAAGACUCGAGCUUUGCUGAGUCCAGGAGAGACGGCUUGAUGGCGAUCUCCAGGAUAUGCCAGACUGUCGGCGUGAAGGCCGAAGGGAGCCCGGAUGAUGCUGUGUGCAAAGCGAACAUCCCGCGGAUUUACGCCACGCUGCUCGACUGCAUGCAGGACUACACCACUGACAGCCGUGGCGACGUCGGGGCCUGGGUCCGCAAGGCCGCGAUGACGAGUCUGAAGGAGCUGACGGUGCUGCUGGCGAGCAGCGAGCCGGGGCUGAUCGGCGCGGACGUCUGCAAGCAGGUGCUGUGCUGCCUGGCCCAGCAGGCCAGUGAGAAGAUCGACCGGGUCCGCGCCCACGCUGGCGAGGUGCUCCUGGCGCUGCUGCACUUUGACAGCCCUCCCAUCCCUCACGUGCCCCACCGAGGGGAGCUGGAGAGGAUAUUUCCCAGGUCUGACGGGGCUGCCGUGAACUGGAACGCGCCAUCCCAGGCCUUCCCGCGCAUCACGCAGCUCCUGGGGCUGCCCGCUUACCGGUACCACGUCCUGCUGGGCCUGGUGGUCUCCGUGGGCGGCCUGACUGAGUCGACGGUCCGGCACUCCACGCACAGCCUCUUUGCCUACGUGAAGCAGAUCCAGGGCGACCCCCGGGCCGUGGAGUCCUUCGCUGGGACCCUCCUGCAGGUCUUCCAGGACCACCUGCUGAGCGACAGGGUGUCUGUGCCGCUGCUGAAGACGCUGGACCAGAUGCUGGCCCACGGGUGCUUCGACGUCUUCGCCACGCAGGAGAACCACCCCUUCUCUGUGAAACUGCUUGCACUUUGUAAGGAGGAAAUCAGGAAGUCAAAAGACAUCCAGAAACUUCGAUCGAGCGUUGCAGUGUUCUGUGGGAUGAUCCAGUUCCCGGGGGAUGUGAGGAAGAAAGCCCUCGCCCAGCUCUGUCUCCUUCUCUGCCACCCGUUUCCCAUCGUCCGGAAGGCCACGGCCAGCCAGGUGUAUGAGAUGAUGCUGACCUUCGGCGACGAGGUGGUGGGUGCAGAUGCCCUGGGUGCGGUGCUGGCUGUGCUCGGCGACACGGCCUGGGACGCGGAGCUCGGGGUGGUGCGAGGCCAGCGGAACCGUCUGUGUGAUCUCCUCGAGGUGCCGCGGCCCCAGCCGGUCCCGAAGCCCAGCCCCUGCUGAUGCCGAGGAGCUGACGCCGGGGGCCUCCAGCUGCUGCGUGAGGAGCAGGCGUGCUCCGCUCCCGAGGAAGGGCCAGGGCGCCCAGUGCCUCGGCUGGCUGGGGAGUGCCUGCAUCAUCAGGACUCGGGGUUUGCAGCCAGAGUGGGGGACCUGCCUGUGGCUGUGCCUGCCUCGCCUUCAGAGGCAUCGUGCCUCUAUUAAAUCAUGUUCUUGAGCAGUG